UGCACCUGCCGACCUAAAACAACCAUUUAUGAACAAAAUAUAGAAUCUAGUGCCGCUGCUCUCACCCAUCUCCAUCCAUCCUCACCACAAUCCACCCCAACAACUCAGCAGCCUACACAGAUAACAACAUUCUCUCAUUUCCUCUACAAUUCCCCCACAUUUCACCCAUCAAUCUUGAUCUCAUUACCCUAAAUUCAGAUAGGGUUCUUCGUCUUUCAAAUCAGCUGCUCAAACCCCUUUCUUGCUGCUAAAGUUCCCAUCUUUAUCAACACCCACAAACCCAAAUCACUGAACAACAGCCAAAUGGCUACCAGAGGAACCAGAUCGGAGAAGGUGAAGAGGAUCUUUCAACAGUUCGAUUUAAACAAUGACGCUGGUCUCAACCGACACGAAAUGGCUGCACUUGUUGUCGCUGUAAACCCUAGAGUCAAAUUCAGCGACGAGCAAAUCAGCGCCAUUCUCGACGAAGUCUUCCGUACAUACGCCGAUUUCAUCGAUCCCGACAAGGGUCUUACGUACGACGGUUUGUUACGUACCUACGACGACGGCGCAGGUGACGUUGAUCGUGAUUUUGAAGCAUUAGGGCUCGAAUUAAAACCCCACAAUAAUAAUAAUAACAAUAAUAGUAACAAUAAUAUUAUUGUUAAUGAUGAUGCUAAUGUUACUAACAAUUAUGAAGUUGAAGAAGAAGCUGAAACGACGUCGUUUGGUGAUGCAAAAGUGAAGCUGCCGGAGCCGUCGCCGGUGCAGCAACGGACGGUGAGGUGGGCUGCGUCACCGAACCACGGGAUCGUGUUCGAUGACACGUGGAAGCUUGUGGACGAUUUGGAGGUUUUGAUCAAGAGGUUGAGGACAAAGCAGAUGAAGGAUUCGAAAGGAAAAGGGGAGAAUUCGGAUGUGUAUUCGGAUCCAGGGUGGUCGAGGGAGCUCGGGCCGUCAACCGAGAUGAGUAAGCAGAUUGUUUGGGACGAAAGUAAGCCGGAUUACGCGGUUUUCGUUAAGGAGUUGGGCGGUUUGAGGUCUAGAGCGGAUGGGGCGAGGUCGCGUGAAGAAGCGUUUGACGGGCAUAUGGCGAUUGGGCGAGUUUUAUACGAUCAACAGUUGUUUAAGGAAGCAUUGGUAUGUUUUAAAAGAGCUUGUGAAUUGCAGCCUACUGAUGUUAGACCGCAUUUUCGAGCGGGAAAUUGUUAUUAUGUUGUUGGGAGGUAUAAUGAGGGUAAAGAUGAGUUUGUUUUAGCUUUAGAUGCUGCAGAAGCAGGUGGGAAUCAAUGGGCUUAUCUUCUGCCUCAAAUUCAUGUGAAUCUCGGGAUUUCACUUGAGGCGGAAGGUAUGGUUAUUAGCGCGUGUGAGCAUUAUCGCGAGGCUGCGAUUCUUUGUCCGACGCAUUUUAGAGCUUUGAAGCUUUUGGGUAGUGCUUUGUUAGGUGUAGGCGAGUAUAAAGCGGCUGUUAAAGCGUUAGAAGAAGCGAUUUACCUUAAGAACGAUUACGCAGAUGCGCAUUGUGAUCUUGCGUCGGCUUUGCAUGCGAUGGGUAAUAAUGAUAACGCGGUUAAGGAGUUUCAAAAGGCGAUUGAUUUGAAGCCGGGUCAUGUUGAUGCUUUGUAUAAUCUUGGCGGGCUUUAUAUGGAUAUGGGUCGGUACCAACGGGCUUCGGAGGUUUACGUUCGGGUUUUGGGCUUGUGGCCGAACCAUUGGCGGGCUCAGUUGAACAAGGCAGUGUCGUUGUUGGGUGCUGGUGAGACCGAUGAAGCUAAAAAGUCUUUAAAAGAAGCUUUGAAGAUGACUAGCAGGGUUGAGUUACAUGAUGCGUUAUCUCAUUUAAAGCAACUUCAGAAAAAGAAACUGAAGGGUAACGGAAACGGGGAAGAUUCGUUUAUGAUAAUCGAACCGUUAAAGUUCAAAACUAUAGGUGAAAAAACAUCAUCAAGACAGGAAUUAGCAACGGCCCUUGAUAUUCGAUCGUUUCAAAGAAUCACUCGGUUGUUUAGAUGUGAUGUCGAGCUUCUUAAAAAGGAAAUGAAUGAAACCGACACCCCUUUAAGUUAUUCUGGUUACGGUGCACCCCAAAAGUCUAUACGUAAGCCCGCUUUAGAAUGCAUUCUUAGAAGAUUAUUAAGUUUCUUGAAAGCCGAAACUUUUAUAGGGGCGGUUAAAGCGAUUAACGUUAAAAUCCUCUCGGUUCUAGAUGAAUCCGAAUCUGGAAGGGUGGAUUUAGGUAUGUUUUUCGCAGUUUUAGCCCCGAUUUGUGGUGGUGCACCUGAUAAACGCAAACGGGUCGCAUUUUAAUCACUUCUAUGGCGACCCAUGAAUGAAGAAAGAACCGGUGGAAAGAUCAAAAAAGCCGACGCGUUAUGUUACAUAAAGUUAUUGAGAUCAAUCUACAUUCCUAACCACCCAAUUAGUGAAUUUUUAGAGAUUCAUGGUGAAACGGAUGCUUCAUUGAUCUCAUUACCCGAGUUUCUUGCUAUGUUUGAUGAUCAAGAUUGGGGUUUUGGUGUCAUGUCUACUUUGUUAAAGCUUGAAAGCGGAGACCGAAACCGCCAUGGAAACCACACGUGUUCGGUGUGUAGAUACCCGAUAAUCGGGUCGCGGUUUAAGGAGAUGAAGUCAAGAUUCAGCCUGUGUAGCCAAUGUUAUAGUGAAGGGAAAGUGAGUCCUAGUUUUAAGCAAGAAGAGUAUAACUUCAAAGAGUAUGCUAAUGGGAGUGAAGCAGUGAAAGAUAAGUGUGUGUGGUUUAGUUCAAGUUCACAUAAUUCUAAAAGUUCAUCAGGUACUAGUAAUUCAUAGUUUUUUUUUUAAUUGAAAAAAAAAAAAAGAAAUGAAUGAUGUUGUAAUGUUUUAUUGUUGUAGCUUUUAUACUUGUUUUAAUGUGUGAUGAUUGUUUUGUAUAAUAAGUCCUUUUGGGGCUA